AUGUCAUCGGAAAGCGUAGGCCAGCUGACGGCGAUCACUGGCUGUUCCGAGGCGGCGGCCAAGGAGCUCCUUUCGAGGUACGAUGGAAACCUCGAGCGGGCGCUCAACUCCUUUUAUGAGGCUCAGGAUUCGAACAGCCAGGCCCCCUCUUCCGGAGCGGGAACAUGGCCAGACACGUUUGCGGAUCCGCACUCAGGAUGGUCCAAGCCUGUCGACCCUCCGCCCUCGUCAGCCGGAUCCGCUCCGGCAGCAGGCAGUGGUCUACCCGCACGGCCGCAGCAGUCGGUCACGUUCCAUCAGCCUUGGAACGAGCCUCCAGCGUACGAUGCGCAAGCAGGCGGGAACAGCAAGGACAACACCCUCCCGAUCGACCUGACGGGCGAUGGGAUCGAUGACGAGGACAUACGCAAGGCCAUGGAGGCAUCGCUGCAGGACUCACAGCCUGGUCAACACUACGCUCCGCAGCCGGCCGCUUCGAGCCAGGCCAUGAUCGGCCCCAUGCCGGAAUCGCAACAGGUCCUGAUGGUGCGGGGAAGUCGAACAGGACUCGCUCGAAAGCGACGAUCGGUCUCCCGCGAGGCAGAGAGCCAGGCCGGCUCGGACGUGGCUGCCGAUGCUGUUGACUUGCCGGACGCUGCUGCCGUCGCCGAUGCCGAGUCGCUCGCAUCGCGCGCGCACAACCUGAGGCCACGACGGAACAUUGUGGCACCGAGUCGCGGCAUCGCCCCCCCUGCCAGCCUGAAGCUGGCGCCGGGGGAAAAGAUGGCGGCGCGACGAGGCCGUCAUGCGGGCACCCGGAUAUAUGGCCGCCGUCGCUCGGGACGGCUCAAGGGCUCGAGCUUUGAUGGUAUCGACUUCGACAUGACGCUUUCCGAAGACGAGCAGCUCCGUCAAGCGCUGGAGGCCAGCGUCCAGAGCCACAACGGCGGUGCAUUCGGCACAGAAGCAUCAGGGUCCAGGACGCCGCUGCUGCCGCCGCACUUGGAGCUCGGUGAGCAGAGCCAGCGCAAAGACGGGGCUCCCGUCGCGCUGGUGUCCCCCUUUGCGACGAUCGACGUGAUCGCUGCGGUGCUUCAGGCAAUGUUCGCCUCGACGCCUGCGCGUCAUGCCUUUCUCAACUUCUUCCCGCACGACGAGAGGGUCACGGACUUGGCCAACUACUGGAAGGGCGUAUCGCCGCGGCCCGAUACGAAGACGCCGCUGUUUGAUGAGGUCGACGACCGCCAGAAGGCGCAAGUCGACCUCUGCCGCCGCAUCCAGACGCUGUUCGCCUUCAUGAACCAGUCGGAGCGCGCUGUGUGCGUUGUCACCGACGUCUCGAGCCUCACGUCCAACGGCGUGCACAUGAUGGGCGCCAACAAGGUGCCACCCAGCACCAUCGCCACCACCUACUACGAGUUUGUCCUUAGCAGCUUCGAGGAGGCCGUCAAGGCGGCAACGGCCGUCUUGCCGCCGCCGUCGCAGACGGAUGAAACGCCGCCGCCGCCGCCCACCUUGGAUGAGAUUCAGCAGCGGGUCAAGGAGGCGCAGACAAAGAUCAGCAUCCUCCACUCCUACGGGGCCAAGGCUUACGCCUCUCCGCCAUCGCCCGUGGAUGGCCAGGACGCCGACGAUGUCCCGCCUCCCGACGGGAUUCCCGUGGCCCGAGCCCAUAUCCGAGUGGAGCACGACUCGGUCAACCAUGACAUCUCGAGCUGCCUUCGAGCUGCACUCGCUGCGGACGGCGAGGGCGCCCUGAUCACGGAGCCGGCCGCAGUGCUGUCGAUGGCAAUCGACCACCGGGCCGGCGAAGAGCCUCUGCCGCCGUUUGCGGUCGAGGAGACGCUGUUCCUGGACCCGUUUCUCUGGGAUCGGCGAAAAGGCCUGCGGCUCGAAUCUGAGCUGUACGCGCCAGAGAUCCAGUCGACGCUUGCCACGAUACAGAAGCUCGAGGCGCGGAAGCAAAAGCUAGACGGCAGCGGCGACAAGGAGCCGGCAGCGCUGCUCAAGGGCGCGAUCGACUACUUCGAACGGCUCACCGACGACGGCAACGACGCGAUGCGACGGCAGGGGCAGGGCGAGGCGGCAACGCGGCUGCGGCAGGUCCUGGCCAAGGUGGAGCAAGAGCGGCGGGACACUGAUGCGCUGAUCGCCAGGCUGCGUGCGCUGGUCAACGCCAAGCGGCUCGAGCUGAGCCGGCACGCGCAGGAAGAGGCGGCCAAGCCCGAGUGGCGGAAGGUGGCCUACGAGCUGUGCGCCGUGCUGGUCCACGAAAGCCAUCGGAUCGUGGCCUACGUCAGGCAGCGCGACGGCAAGUGGUGGCGCACGUGCGACGGCGUGGCGACCGAGGUGACGGCCGCCGAGGCGACGAGCGAUAAGAUGCGGGAUGCCAACUCUGCGGGCGUGUUCUGGGUCAGCUACCAACGGCGCCAGUACGGCCAGCUGCCCGACGAGCCGUGUCCGGAGGCGAUCCAGAGCGCCGUCGAGGAAGACAAUCUGACGUUGCAGUCUGAGUUGUUGUCGCUUGCUCGGUCGGGCGCGGCCACGCCCGUCGCCAGCAGCGCCGACGCGGUCACGCCAGCGGAUCCGGCCACGACGACCCCGGCGUCGGAUGCGGCGCCAGUGUCCGAGAACGGCGCCUCUGAGGCUAUUGGGCAGCAGGAGGCUUGA